GCGAUCAUGGCGGGGGCCGAGGCCGGGGCGGCGGGAGCCGAGGCCCCGCAGCCGCAGAAGCGCUACUACCGGCAGCGCGCGCACUCCAACCCCAUGGCGGACCACACGCUGCGCUACCCUGUGAAGCCAGAGGAGAUGGACUGGUCUGAGCUGUAUCCAGAGUUCUUCUCUCCACCAGCGCAAACCCAGGGCCAUGAUGACCCAAAGGACGAGAGAGAAAAGAGACCUCAGGCCCAAGUGGAGUUUGCAGACAUAGGCUGUGGCUACGGUGGCCUGUUAGUGGAAUUGUCACCACUGUUCCCAGACACGCUGAUCCUAGGUCUGGAGAUCCGGGUGAAAGUUUCAGACUAUGUACAGGACCGGAUCCGGGCCCUGCGAGCAGCUCCUGGAGGCGGCUUCCAGAACAUCGCCUGUCUCCGUAGCAAUGCCAUGAAACACCUGCCUAAUUUCUUCCACAAGGGCCAGCUGACAAAGAUGUUCUUCCUCUUCCCUGACCCACAUUUCAAACGGACAAAGCACAAGUGGCGAAUCAUCAGCCCCACACUGCUGGCAGAAUAUGCCUACGUGCUGAGAGUUGGGGGCCUGGUCUACACCAUAACCGACGUGCUGGAGUUACACGACUGGAUGUGUACCCAUUUUGAAGAACACCCCCUGUUUGAGCGCGUACCUCUGGAGGAGCUGAGUGAAGACCCCAUUGUGAGGCAUCUGGGCACCUCAACAGAGGAGGGAAAGAAAGUUCUGCGAAAUGGAGGAAAGAAUUUCCCCGCCAUCUUCCGAAGAAUAGAGGACCCCAUCCUCCAGGCGGUGACCCCCAGUCCUGUCCCUCCUGGUCACUGACUGCUUGCCCUGCCUGAGCUGGGCCCGUCUUCCAGGGAAAGAAGAGCAUCCCUCUGGGUCUUCCCAGCUAGACUGCCAGGACCAACGAAGCAAUCUCUGCAAGACACGGGGGAACUGCCAGGGGGUAACCCUGAUGUUCGCAGCUACCCCCUGCACUGCCAGCAGGAAGCAAAAGAAACUGACUGGGAAGGGUGUGGGGUCUUGCUGUCCCUUAGCAAACCCUCCCCUAGGGCCUCUCCUCAGCUGGAGGAGGGAGUGCAGGUCCCCGCUGUCCAUCUAAACUGCCCGCUGGGCUCAAGUCAGCUGUCCAUUUGUGUUGGCUUUGCAGUCCUGGCGUGACCCGUCCAUAGGUGCGUGUCCAAGCUGCUCCGGCCAGACUGUGUGUCAUGUGCCUUCUGUCUCCCGUCUCCCCUAGGUCUAUGCGCUGUCUCUGGAGAGUCCUGGGAGCGGGGAUGGAGACCCUGUCCUUUUUCUUGACCUUCCAUUCUAGAAUUUCAGAGCUGACCAGCGCAGAGUCGAUGGGGAUGGGGUGGGGAGUGAGGAGCAGAGAGCUGAACCCUGAAUUAUUCUGAGAGUCAAGUGGAAGGGGCUGCCGCCCAGAGAGCCCCACAACUGCGCCAGCGGGGAUUCGGACACGCGGCCCUUACUCAGCGCCGAAGCCUGGCGGAAUCGCUCUGCUUCUUUGUCCUUCCCCUCCCCUCCUGUUGGUACAACCUGAACUUUU